GAGCGUACCGUGAAGCGGCACGCACUAGAGCUCUCGCGUUGAAAAUUGCAGAUAACAAGAUCGUGGCGGCCGCCGUGAACAACUCGAUCAAGCGUGAGCUCGGUGCAAAGAGUCCAGCUUCUCAACGUGGAUUGCUGAUGGGCAGAAACUUUCUAAAUAAUAUUGCCUUGCUCGACACCGUCGGCCGCGCCGCUGGAUUUCAAGACCAUCGUGAGAUAAGGCAGCCUUACUUCGCCAUGUUCGACUUCGGCGACGCGUUCCCGUCGCUGGACCACGACUGGCUGGAGCUCACACUGCGUCGCGCUGGCAUGGAGCGAGCGUUGCUGGACUUAGUGCUCGGCUUCUACUUCUUUCCGACAGCGUACCUCCUCGAUGCUGGCAUCAUGCAGUUCUUCCUCGCU